GGGGCCCGGACAGCGCGCGCCCCGCCCAGCUUGCUGCCCGUGCUAUAUAUACGCGGAGCGGCGUUGCAAACUGGGCUGAGCAAAGGCGGUGGGGAUCGGAGUCGGAAGUGGGAGAGGCGAAGGGAGCCGUUGCCUGAGUAGACGGGGGGGGGUCGGAUUUUUUUGCAGGGGCCGCGUGUAAAUUGCACCAUCCCCUUCCUUCUUUUUUGCAAAUCUUCCCCUCUUUUGCAAGCCCGGGGACCGUGCGCGGGCUGAGUCCUUGCUGUUGGUUUUUGCAAGCGCCUCUCGUCGGCUCGCGCUGCGGGUGGAAGCUGUCGAGGUCCGGCGGUGCCCGCCUGCCUUUGCGCCAUGAAAGCGGUGAGUCCCGUCCGACACCCGAGCAAGAAGGCUGUGUCUGGAGGCUGCUGUUGCGGCGGGGGAGGAGACGGCGGCGUCGGCGAGCUGGCUCUGCGUUGCCUGGCCGAGCACGGCUGCUGCAAGGGCAGCGACCAGCCGGCGGCUCUGUGCCUCCAGUGCGACAUGAAUGACUGUUACAGCCGGCUCAGGAAGCUGGUGCCCACCAUCCCGCCCAACAAGCGGGUCAGCAAAGUGGAGAUCCUGCAGCACGUCAUCGACUACAUCCUCGACCUGCAGCUGGCCCUCGAGACGCACCCGGCGCUGCUCCGGCCCCAGCAGCCGCCCCCGCUGCACCCGGCUGGGGCUCCGAGGACCCCGCUCACGGCGCUCAACGCCGACCCGGCUGCUGCGGUUAAUAAGCAAGGGGACAGUAUUCUGUGCCGCUGAACUGCACUUUCAAGGUGUGCAGCAGGCAGAUCCUGAGCCAGAGAAGCAGAAAGAAAGACACAUUAGAAAGGGAGGGGGGAGAAAACGAAAGAAAUGUCAGCCACUGGGCAAAAGGAAAAUCAUUCGGCUUCUCCAGAAUUCUUUCCAUACUUCUUUUAGUGAGAGAGAAUUUUUCACGACUUUGCACGUUCAUAGCAUUUAACACAUGUGUCUUUUUUUUGUUUUGUUUGAAAUCAGAUGUGAAUUGUAUGCUUGUCUUGGAGGGAUGGGAUUUAAAUCUUCAACAAAAGUAAGGUUCUUCUGUUGGACAGAAGGACAAGUGGGGUGUUUUUUUUUAGAAGUUUAACUUUAAUGGGCUGAACAGCUGAAAAUCGAAGCUUUACUAAUCUACCAGAAGCAUUGUAGAUAACUUUUGGGUUUUGACAUCUAUUGUUUAAAAUAGAUGGUUUUAUUGUUUCCUUUGGGGACUUUCUGCUCCCUGCAGGAAUGUUACAUAUUGUAUAGAAUACAAACAAAAAAACAAAAAAGGUGACAUUUCAUAUGUAUAUAGAGAGGUUCUAUACAUGUAAGUGAGAAAAGUAUAUGCUUUAAUAGACUACUGUAAUUAUAAAAUAUUUUUAAUUAAAUAUUUUUUGUAAAUAUUAUAAAACUGUGUAUGGUUUUUUUUAAAAUAAAAUCCAUGGGAAUAUUUCCCUAGGAAAACUAUUUCUGGCUUAAGUGCAGAACUGCUGAUCUGAAAAGAUAUUGGUUGUCGAGGAAUGUCUCGGUUUCCCUUUUUACCCUUUCUUUCCCUUUAGAGUUGGAAGCUACAGCUGUAGCCAGAGAUGGUCCUGCAUGAAUGCAUGAAAUGUCUAACCACAAAUAAACUUGUUCUGAGUCCAUACAGAUGUGUUUUCUUUAAUCUGAAUUUAAAAAGAUGUUUGUAUCAUACAGUUUUGAAACGACGUUUUGUCCAUUAGGUGCAAAGGGUUUAUAUUACAUUAUAUGCAGAAUUGCAUUGAGAUGUAAAAACUUUAGGGGUUUGUUGGUUCAUUUGUUUUUAUCUGAAAUUGCUACUUUUUUCAAAAUGGGUACAGUGCUGAGGUACAACAAGCAUUUAUACUAUCUGUUGUUGCCUGAAUAACAACCACGGAGUGUUUUUGUAAUACCCGUGAGUAAUGCUACCCCAGACUUUUAGCUCUGUGGCAUGUUACUUUGGGGGAGGAAAAAAAUAACAUAAGAACCAUUGUCUGCUUGUAACCAAAGGGCAAAACUAUUAACAAAUGUACAGUUGCUGUUUCUUUCAUCCAAAGAAUAUUGAUACUGAAACUUGGAAUAGGGUGGGACAACAGGGAGAAUUUCAGUCUAAUUGCUGGUGUAAAUUUCAAAGAACUUACAUAGACCAAAAAAAAAUUCAGAUAACUGUAUCAAGAUUAUUUUUCUAAUAUACAGCAGCAUUCAUUUCAUUACAGCUCUGUUACAGCUGAAAAUCCUGUUUUAAGUCUCUGUUGUGUGUAAUUUCUACAUGUAAACAUUAAACUAGAUUGACGUGC